AUGAUCGCUAAGAACGGCUCGCUGCGGAUGUACAGCGGCUCGAGCUUCCACAGCCGCCACGGACCGCGCGGCGAGUGUCGCGGACCGCGCUACAUUCACCGCCAGCGGCGCACCGGGCUCAGCGCCAGUCUGCGCGCUAUGAGCGGCGUCCACCUGCGCCUGGCCCACCUGGCGUUGGGGGGUGACAGCGGUCUGGACCCUAUGGUCGUGAACAACCUGCAUAUGAUGCACCGAAACGGUACCAUCACGGGCGGCCUGGUCGGAGAGCUGGUGCUGCUGCUGCAGGGCGUGCUCGGCUUCAGCUACUCGCUGCACCCCGUGGCGCACACGACCAACCUCUCCGCCUGGGACCGGGUGGUGGAGGAGCUGUAUGCGGGCCGAGCGGACAUGAUGGCUGGCAAACUGCUGCGUAGCCUGAUGCGCGGCCGCCUGCUCGACUUCUCCUGCCCGUUCCUGACCGAGCGCUCUGGUGCCGUGAUCGACCAGCGGUACACGCACGUUCUGAACAGGUUCCGCAUGACGCAGCCGCUGGAGAGCCGCGCUUGGUACGCCCUGCUGGCCGUGCAGACCGCGGCCGUGCUCGUGCUCUGCCUGGUCACCUGGUGUCACCUGCGCAUGCGCGGGGGGUCCCUCGACGCAGAAGCUGACCCGCCGCCUGAGGCGGGCGCGUCGUUCUGGUUCCUGAUUGUGCUGGGCGUCUUCUGUCAGCAGGGUGCCGUGGUGCGCGCGGACGGCGCGCUCUCCUACCGGCUGGCCAUCAGCGCCGUGUACCUGCUGUCGUUCUUCAUCUUCGCCUGCUACUCGGGAACGCUGCUGGCCCAGAUGGCCAUUACGCGCUACGAGAUGCCGUUCGCCACCCUAAAUCAGGCGCUGGAGCAGGGCUGGCGCGUCAGUAACUUCACCUCCAGCCUGGGGCUGCGGGAGACGGUGGUGCAGCCGCUGAUGGGCGGCCGAGAUCUGCCACAGCUGCCGACCUCGUCUGACGGACCGCUGCAGGGCCGCAACCUCCUCCUGAUGACUAGCGCGACCACGGAUGGCCUGUUCAGGUGCCUGCCUGGCGGCUCCCAGGAGGGCCAGUGUCCGGUCUGUAUGCAUCCCGGGACCACAAUCCGACACGAUUACUCGCUGGUCUUCCGACCACACUUCCCGUACCUGCGCCUGGUCAACUAUGUCAUCCCACAGCUGAUCGACCGGGGCAUCAUGAGCCGCGUGCUCCGCAGGUGGCAACCCAGGGGCAUCAGCGAUAUCCUCUGCCCCACCAACACCGUGGCGCUGGAGAAAACCCAAUUCGGCGUCGAUAAUUUGAAAUAUGUGUUUUUGAUUGUCCUCGCGGGCACCUUGAGCGCGAUUGUGGUCCUGUUCAUGGAGAGGGUGGCUUCUUUGCUCAGCAUGGUCUACGACAGAAGUCACGCGAGUCUCUACAACCGGCUCCGGCCGCCGCUCCGCGCCUGA